AUUCAUUUACCGUGUCUUUGUGUGUGUGUGUGGGUGUGUAUGUGUGUGUGUGUUGGUAUGAAGCUUUUGUUGAAGUGUAAAGUCUAUGGUACACCCGGCUGGAAAGUCACUAUAUCACCGAUAGUUAACAGGUCAUUCCAAAGAUCUGAUGGAGGUCGUCUUAUGGAUGUAUCGAAACUUGAGGAUAAGAAGAUAAAAGUUUAUACUCCAGUUGCGUGGGUGGACAUAAUCUUUACAUCUCGUUAUUUACAGUAUCACUCGCCCCAGUUAUGUAAAGAUCUUCGUAUAUCUGACUGCUUUUACACGCACCUCCAUAAUGGUUUUUGGUGUGUGCCAAAAAAUUGUUCAACUUUAUCACUCAAAAGUGAGCCGCAGCAAUAAACCUGUCAAUUCAGCAUUCUACCCAUUCUAGACCACGAUAGAUGAGCCAAUCAAAUGAAAUAUGCGUGAGUGCGUUAGUGAUUGUAAUGCUAAUCGGAGUACAUACGUAAUGACGCUCACUUCCUCCAAGAAAACCAAAAAAAAGGAAGGAAAAAAAAUAACAAUUUCCUUCUACCGGGACUAAGAAACUCAAUGACAAACCGUGAAGAAGAAUCUGUGUUUACUGUGUGCGUGAAUUGUUGGUUUAAUUUUAUUUUUUUCCGCAAAUAUUUCUAUGCUCUUUGUUAUAGCCUCCCAUAAUUUUGCAUGCGUUUGGAUAUACUUCAAGUCUUCAAAAUUUUUAUGUCAAGUUGUUGGGAAUUCCCGGAAUAGCAAAAUAGUAUUAAUCAGUUCCAAACCUUCCGCCUGCCAAAGGAGCAUGCGUUCGGUGCGUGUCGAUGUAGGUACGGGUUGUUCAUGUGUCUCAGUAUGUGAAUGAUAUUGUAAUAAGUAUAACAGUAUUUUCUCAUCUCAGUAUGAGAAGGGAUUAGUGUAAGCAGUGAACACGUGAUAACCGUUCCGAGAGUGAGAAACGUCAGCGACGACGAGUGGAAAGUAGCUGUAUCAGUGCUGUGUUUACGAUAAGCUUAAAAAAAGGACUGUAAGUGCUACAUUUCGUUUAAGUAUUUGGCCACAUGUUUUAAACGUGAUUCGCGCAUUGCUAAAAGCACCAGCGAGCUAGUUACAAUACCAGACGGGUGGUACACUCAACGCACGACGACAAAGUGUAACAGAGCAUAAACAAUGGGCAAGAAGAAUUCCAAACUAAAACAAGACACCAUCGAUCGUCUAACGACUGCAACCUACUUUACAGAGAAAGAAAUUCGGCAAUGGCAUAAAGGAUUUUUGAAAGACUGUCCAAACGGUCUACUAACAGAGCAGGGUUUCAUUAAAAUAUAUAAACAGUUCUUCCCACAAGGCGACCCAAGUAAAUUUGCAUCACUCGUCUUCAGAGUGUUCGACGAAAAUAAUGACGGUUCAAUAGAAUUUGAAGAGUUCAUCAGAGCGUUAUCUAUAACAUCGAGAGGAAACCUUGACGAAAAGCUACACUGGGCAUUCCGACUUUACGAUGUCGACAAUGACGGUUUCAUAACCCGAGAUGAAAUGUACAACAUUGUCGAUGCAAUAUACCAAAUGGUGGGUCAGCAACCACAGACCGAGGACGAUAAUACACCGCAAAAGCGGGUGGAUAAAAUCUUCGAUCAGAUGGACAAAAAUCACGACGAUCGGCUAACGCUGGAGGAGUUCCGCGAGGGCAGCAAGGCAGAUCCGAGGAUUGUGCAAGCAUUGAGUUUAGGCGGUGAUUAACCGAACGAUGAAAUGCGGGAAGAUGAACAAAUCCCGCCACGUUCAUACUGCUACGAUGCGAAGCAUAACAUCGAAAUUAAUCGCAGCAACGCACUAUUUGUAUUGAUAUGAAGCCUGGGUAUAAUUUUUAAUCGAUGUGUGAAGUAUUGUUUUUUUUUGUUGCUUUUAAUGUUCGUUCGAACGGCUGCUCUGAAUUUAUUACCGCACGCCGAUGCGACGCUUGAAGCUAUAAAAUGUCAACUGGCAUUCAAAACAAUAGAGAGCCUAGUGUAAGGUGUUCGUGGUUUGAUAACCAGGAAAUAAUGCACGUUCGAAACACUUUUUUCGUUUUUCAUCCUUCACUUUGUAUACUUAGUUCUCGAUCAGUAUUAUCAAUUAUGUAACGGUAACACACUUGAAACAUUUCAUUUAACGUUACGCAGCUUAAUAUACUUACUUACACACAUGUUGCAAACAUAUUUGUAAUAUUUCACACGACACCUUUAUAAACCUUGGAAAUUACACACACUCGACUAAGCAAUCAUGCACGACGCGUUAUAUGAUGGGGUGGGGGAGAAAAAAUGUGAAAACAAUCGAUAAAAAAAAAUUAACUAGUUAUCAAUCAACCAGAGAAACAACCAAAAAAAAAUUUGCUUGCUUAGGAAAGAUACAUGCUUAAUCUAAUUCUGAUUGUUCGUUAAACUCGUGUUCUCCAGCUCACUUCUAGUGAAGUUAUGUAGCGGAAUCAUAUUAGAAAUCGAUAGCAUGACAACAUUUGUAUUCUAAUCUAUUAACGUACUUGGAGCAGGAAUGCAUUACAAAGCAAAUUAAUGGUAUUAAAUCACUGACGAUCUAAAACCGAAGGCAAUCAAAAUAUGCCAUCAACGCAUAGGUAAUCAAACUUAUUAUGGAGAGUUUUUUCUUUUCUUCCUGUUUUGUCGUUAUUGAUUUUCUCAACGUUGCCAGGCCAAUCCUUUCGCCGUUGAGUCAAACCACAUCGAAUCAGUUAAUCAGAUUUAUGCCCCCAAAAACAAUUUCAAUCAUUUACCUACACGCACAUCCGGGCUGCCACAUUGCGUAACGAUUCCGUUUGAAGAAUACCGCACGGUAGUGUAAACGUUAAUAGCAAAAUGCAUUUUUUUGUUGUUGGGAUAAUUGACUGAUACGUUGUUCUGCAAUAUUUUAAUUCGAAAAAAAAUAUUCGUUCAAUUUAAAAGUAAUAGAAAUGCAAAAAAAACUAACAAACGGUAACGACACAAGACAGAAGGGAGUGGGAUGAGAAAUGGAGAUAAAAAUAUUUACAUAAUAAUGGCAACUAUUUACACCAAUUCAGAUACAUGAACAAAUAAUGGGAAAUGGGUUUGGGGAGAAGAGCAAACAAAAAAAAAAACAAACAAACGUUUCGCGUGUUAUUGUUACGGUUUGUCUUCAUUUGUGACAUCUGUUGGUACAAUGCAACGUUUUUUCAUGUUAAGAAGUUCAGCAAAAACAUUUGCAAUCCAGUAAAAAAAAACUCUGUCAAAGAUCAAUGAAAGGAAGGGAAAGGAAGAAGAGAUAACGAAUCAAAUUACAAAACUUGUAAAACAAUUCGAACGAAUUCUUCUUUUUUUUUUGUCGCAGAUAGUUCGAACGGCAGUGUUGUUCUGCACUGCACUGUUCGAAACACACAUAUACAAAAAAACGCAUUGACGACCGGAUGUAUACACCUAAAAAAAAAACCAUGAUGCUAACGGUCGCAUACUACCAUAGGAAGCAUUUAACGUGAAACAUACUAACAUAAUUUGCCAAAAACUAAAGUUUGUAAGUUUAGAAUCGCAUUUAUUGUAGGAGCAGAUCAACUAAAACGCUACGCGAAGACAACAAACCUUUGUAAACAAAUAUGAACAAAACCGCAUCGCUAGCUUGUGUUAGAGAUGAUGCACUGUAAAAAAGGGCUUAUACUUGUUUAUACAGUUGGAGGUAUAUUAAAGAAGCAGAAGAAAAAAAACCCAAAAAAAAAAGAAGUCAAACUGUUAUAAAUAUUUGAUACUAGCACUGAAGCGGAUCCGAUAUACUGUUAUAGAUAUUAAUAGCAAAAAAAGAAAAUUGACGCAAAAUCAGCACGUUUUAACAUGAAAUUAAUUAAAUGAAGCAAUCAUUGUUAAUGGGAUCCGAUUUCCAAACAAAUAAAAAAACAAAAAAAACAACAAAAACAGAUGCAUUUAAGCUCAAGAAAAGGCUUUUAGGGGCAGGAAAUUGUGGAACGAGCCUAUUGUUUCCUUUCCACCUAGCGGCCUAUCCAGUGUAGGAGUGAGACAAAUGGAUAAUAAUAUUCUAAUCAAGAGUACGGUAGUGCAUGAAAAGCAAUAUAAUCCCUAUAAUCCCUUGCCCUCCCAACGGCACAACAACAACAAAAUCUCAGCUCUAGCAAGAGCUAGAUUUUGUGUAGUAUUUUGAGCAAUGCAAUUUUUUAUGCUCGCUUGGUAAAAAAAAAACUGAAGCAUAUUAAGACUAUUAUUGCUUAUGCGUACGCAAUCGUCCCAUCAAGGCAACAAAAAAACAAACUAUUACUUAAUUUCAUUUGUAUCAAAUGCAACGAUAUUUUCAGCAAUAUACUAAGCGCUGGGUUUAGCUUGUAAUCACCUUUAUUACAUCUUUCGUUAAGCUGCUCGUUAUACUUAUUGUCCGGGCAGGGGUUGUCAACUGUUUUGAGAACCGCUGACAAUUUUUUGUUUUUUUUUUUACAUUAUGAAACAAAACAUUAUUGCUAUGCUGGAAUAGACUGGUAAAUUAGGUAAAACAUGUUUACAACAAAGUACAUGAAGUGUUCAUUGGAUAAAGAAAAAAAAAUGCUGAUUUGUUUUUAAAUGAAUUCAGUGAAAUGGGGAAAACGUGGAGUGGAAAGUUAAGCAAAACAAACACCAAAUAUCAACGCAUACAACAAAAUAACAAAAAAAAAUUUGCAAGCAAGCCGUUUCUUGUUUUUUCUGUUUUUUUUAAUUUUAACUUUAUGAGCAUGGACAACAAUUGCUUAUACAUACAUAGCAGCAAAUACUCCGCGAGUGUGAGUUUAGCGCACCCAUUUGAAUGUUACUAGCAUACACUGUGUAACGGCAGCAGAGCAAACUACAGAAGAAAAUUAUAUAAAUAUAGCUAUAUGUCUUCAGGGGGAAUAAAAAAACCAACGUAAUCCAACCCAUCUAAAUAGCGAAAGCAACAAAAAAAACACAUAAAUUGAGCAGGAAAAUAAACGAAACUAUAGAUGCAAGCAAUGUAACUACGGAAAGAAAAAAAAACAUGCAAUCAUAACAUGAGAACUACUCCCAAAAAAACUUAUACUACAACUAGUACGUGGACUGUGGAAAACAGAAACAUUCCAACUGCUGUACCAUUAUGUAUGAACAAUGCACGGUUAUGCUAAUAAACAAAGUAAUAUUGCAAAACUUUGAUGCACAAAAAAAAACAUCACAAUUGUACAAAAAAAACAUAAAACUUUCGGCAGCGUCCAUAGAUAACUUUACAGUAACCACAGUUCGCUCAACAACAACAACAACAACAGAAAAAAAAACAUAACAGUAGAUAAACCAGUUGAACCAACAACGGUUAAACAUUGCUUGAUGUGGAUGUGUGUAUUUUAAAUACUUUAACAUAAUCCGGAAUUAGGCUGUUAAUACAAUCAUUGCAAAAGCAUGCGUCCAGGUGUUGGUUUGUAAGGUUUUUGACGUUUGUGAGGGAAACAUAUUUUGUUCCAUUUUUAUGAAAAAUAAAAUAAAAAAACAAAACAGAAAGUUAUUAAAAAAAAUAGCCAAAUAAGCAUCAUGCGCCCUUUACAAGUAAGGGCGCUUGAUCGCACCUGCAUCGGUUUAGACAUUGGAAAAAAAACUGUUACUUGGACGGUAAUUUAAGCAAUAAAGAGCAUAAUAAAAUGGGCUGAGUGAACAAUACGAUAAUAUAUAUAUAUACAAGUAUAUAUAUAAAAAAAACAAUAGAUACCAAAAAAAAUAUGUCAACAAAAAUUACACACAUGUAAGUGCAAGCAUAACGUUUUAUUACAUACCAUCCAGCAUACGUUAACGGCAGCUGUACAAGCUGUCUAAAACAAAUUUAAACUCAGUCGAGUAAAAUCAACAAAGGCUUAAAUAUCGAUGUUCGCCACUAAGCACGUUAUCAGUGUAGUAUGCUUCUGGGCAGUACGCAGCUUCGUUGUCGCUUUUCUGCCAGACUACAGCACAACACUAUUAAAUAACUUCCUCACAUCUCGUACCCGCAAUAUGAGGCGUGAAAAGAGGCAUCUACCCCCGGUUUAACGUAAUCUAAAAAGACUGGUUUGAAUUUCAUUUGCUUUCCCAAAUAGCACUCGGUGUAAAUCGGAAUAAGCGUCUUACUCAAGUGAAAAAAAAAUAUAUAAAUAUCAUUUCUCGACUAAAAAGGCUCGUUAAAAGGAGUUGUGAGUUGAAGCAUGACAUAAGCUGUUAAAUGAUACGUAUAUUACCACACGCGUUGUCUUUAGUUUGCUCUUCUGUCUAAUUAGGUUCAAGGAACCUACCUGCAAAUACAGACGUACUAUUGUUUUCAGUGAGAUUUUUGACAUCCCGUUAGUAAAAACGCAACAUACCAAUAGUAGUUGUCACUUUGACAUAAAACAAUUUAGUCGAGGCGGCACACUAAUAAUACACAUUUUUGAAUGAAAAAUGCUGUUACAUCGAACACCAGAAGCUUGUUACAAAACUUUCUAGCCAGACUAAUAGUGAAAUUGUAUAGUUUUUUCUACACAUUGGUCGCACCAUUGCACUGAGUGUAACUGACAGAAAUUCGAAAAUGUGAGGCUUGGUGAGAACUUGCACAAAUAAGAUUUGUUUUAAGCAAACUAGCAUUAAAUUGUUUUACAUUUAACUUUGCAAAUUUAAUUUAGUUAGAAAAACAAAAACAAAAAAACAAGAAAGAAGUAAUCAAAUAAACGUUUUUUUUGUCAAAAUGGAAAUGGCAACCUUAGGUUAGUCUUAUCGCUAAAUGAGAAGUUAGUAAGCUGGUCAAGCUCGCUAAUUUUAUAGUUUUUUCUGUUUAACUGCAGCGCUGUAUUCAUUGUUCGAGAUAUUCAAGUGAAGAAAUAAUCAACACGAUUCGAAAAAAAAUAUUACUAUUCCAACAAAAAUAUUUGCUUCAUUAAGGCCUAACAAUAAAAAGUGUAUUUUAAACAA